AUGAAUCAGCUGAUCCGUCAUAGACAAAACCUGAAUAUUGAUUCUACUAUUUUACCACAUAAACCAAAUACGCCCGUUGUAAUGCUUGCUAUAGUUAUCCACAAUGUUCCAAUUUCCACCCAUUCUGGCUCUACACUUCUCAGCAUUACUCUGUUUUACUCGAGUUUCCAGAAUAAUGACUAUUCUAGGCUGAAGCUUAAAGAGACGGGAGCUAACCUCUUUUUGCUUAGCCACUUUAUUCAGCCCCCUUACAUUCCACGAGAUAAUCAUGGGACCCCAAAGGGGUGCACCUUAGAGUCGUUCCAAACAGCUAAGGAGCUAAAGCCAUUACUACUGAAAAUAUUUUUCUCCUUUUCAACUGGAAGUUUACCUCUUUCUCUAAUACCUUUGACAACUUCAGUCCAGAAGCCCUCAUCUUCAUUUUCUAUUCUUUCCUCGCCUACAACCCUUGCAUCAGGACUAGUCUCCACAGUAUCAACCUUGUUAGCUUGGCUUUUGGUUGCCACAAUUUGA